CUGUCCCGUGACCAACUCCGAACAAAUAGCAAGUGAAUGAACCCCUAGAAUUAGGGUUGCGAGCAUCAUUGACAAACGUAGUUCAAUGUCCGAGUUCAGUGUAUUUACUGACUGAAGCCGAAUCACUUGAAACCACCGGACAUACAUUUUGAAGCACAUUGCACGUUGUGCCCUGGGGAAAACUCGCCGAAACCUUGCAGAUGAAGACAACUUUAACAAGCGGAAGUGCUGAUCGCCCAGGAUUUUGCUGUCAGACCCAACUGCGCAAGCUCAAAAGGUUUACAUGAACCACAAAGAACAUUUCAGAAGACAACAUUGAGAUGUCGGAACACACACCCCUCAUCUCACACGGGGUGUGUGGUCUUCCGGUCAGCUCCACUUUUUGUGGCCUGGGCUCCGAGACCAUGGGAGAAGUACCGGCUCCCAGUGCUUCUCCUAGGAAGCUUAACACCUUCUUUGGAGUGAUGGUUCCUACCAUCCUCUCCAUGUUUAGCAUCGUACUCUUUCUACGAACGGGGUUUGUUGUUGGUCAUGCAGGCCUGCUGCAGGGUCUGUUGAUGCUGGUGGUGGCCUACACCAUCAUCUCUCUCACCAUCCUGUCCAUCUGUGCCAUCUCCACCAACGGAGCAGUCCAGGGAGGGGGCGCUUACUUCAUGAUAAGCCGAUCGUUGGGCCCUGAGUUUGGAGGCAGCAUCGGCCUCAUGUUCUUCCUGGCUAAAGUGUGUGCCUGUGGAGUGUACGUGCUGGGGCUAGUGGAGGCCAUCCUGGAUGUAUUUGGUCGAGACCCAGCGUUGUUGGAGACGGCGGGUGUGCGCGUGCUGCCUCAGGGUUACUGGUUCACGGUGCUCUACUCCUCCGCCAUCCUGCUCCUCUGCCUGUUGGUGUGUCUGGUGGGAGCACACAUAUACGCCCGCACCGCCUUCCUCAUCCUGCUGCUGGUGACCGUCACCGUGGUGUCCAUCCUCAUCAGCCCACUGGUUGUUCCGCCCCAAGACUUCGUCAUCGCCCACCGCGGCCCCGGCAACCAGACCCACCUGUACAACGUCAGCUACACGGGCUUCAACGCCACCACGCUCAGAAACAACCUGGACUCUGGCUACACGCUGGACUACAGCACCAACAAGGUGAUGUCGUUUGCCAGCGUGUUCGCUGUCAUGUUCACUAGCUGCACUGGGAUCAUGGCUGGGGCUAACAUGUCAGGCGAGCUGAAGAACCCCAGCGUGUCAAUCCCCAGAGGCACCAUCACAGCGGUCCUUUACACCUUCAUCAUCUACCUUCUCCUCUUCCUCCUCGUCAGCUCCACCUGUGACAGGGCCCUCCUGGUUCAGGACUACGGGUUCUUCCGGCGCAUCAACAUGUGGCCCCCCUUCGUCACCAUCGGGGUGUACUGUGCCUCCCUGUCUGCCGCCAUGAGCUCCCUGAUUGGAGCCUCCCGGAUCCUGCACGCUCUGGCCCUGGACCAGCUGUUUGGUCUGCCUCUGGCACCGGCCGCCAUCACGUCCCGCUCGGGGAACCCCUGGGUGGCGGUCGUGUACACCUGGGGCCUGGCUCAGUGUGUGGUGUUUGCUGGUCAGCUCAACACCAUCGCGGGCCUGGUGACUGUGUUCUAUCUGCUGGCCUACGCCGCUGUUGACCUGGCCUGUCUGGCGCUGGAGUGGGCCUCCGCCCCCAACUUCAGGCCCACGUUCCAGGUGUUCUCCUGGCACACUUGUCUCCUGGGCAUCGUCAGCUGCCUGGUGAUGAUGUUCGUCAUCAACCCCGUGUACUCGUCAGCCAGCGUGGCUCUGCUGCUGCUGCUGCUGCUGUUCCUGCACUACCGCUCUCCCACCAGUAGCUGGGGCUAUAUCAGCCAGGCGCUCAUCUUCCACCAGGUGCGUAAGUAUCUCCUGAUGCUGGACGUUAGGAAGGACCACGUCAAGUUCUGGAGGCCGCAGGUGCUGCUGAUGGUGUCUAACCCUCGCUCUUCCUGCCAGCUCAUCAACUUUGUCAACCAGCUGAAGAAGGGAGGGCUGUUUGUGUUGGGCCACGUUCAGCUGGGAGACCUAGACUCGCUGCCCUCUGACCCCGUGCAGCAGCAGUAUAACUUCUGGCUGAGCCUGGUGGACAAGCUGGGGGUGAAGGCCUUCGUAGACCUCACCCUGUCCCUGUCUGUCAGGCAGGGCACUCAGCACCUCCUACGCAUCACCGGACUGGGAGGCAUGAAGCCCAACACCCUGGUCCUGGGCUUCUACGACAGCUGCACCCCAGAGGAUUACUUCCUGCAUGACCCAGCGUUCUGCAAGUCCUCGCUGGGCCCCUCCGCCGGAGACGACAACUUCGGCGUGGACCUCCCCUCCCUCCAGGCCCACUUCCCCCCCGUGCGCCACACGGAGAGCCCACGCUGGCUCAGCGCCGACGAGUACGUGGGCAUCGUCUCGGACGCCAUCAAGAUGAACAAGAAUGUGUGCCUGGGCCGCUACUUCUUCCAGCUGGAGGGCGAGGGGCGGGAGAGCCGCACGGAGGGGGCGGAGAGGACCAUCGACGUGUGGCCCCUGGACCUGCUGAGCCCGGGGUACGGCGCCCUGGUGGACGUGGGCAGCCUGUUCCUGCUCCAGAUGGCGUGCGUCCUCAACAUGGCCACCAGGUGGCGCCGUGCCAGGAUGAGGAUCUUCCUGUGCGUGGAGGCCGAGUCCGGCGACCAGGGCUGGCUGGCGAAGGAGGAGACCUUCAGGGAGCUGCUGAGCAAGCUGCGGAUCAGAGCCUCCAUCACCAUCGUCCCCUGGGACGCCGUGGCGCAGCUGCACGGCCGGCGACCCGAGCCCGACGACGACCCCGACCCCUCCAAGACGGCCCCCGUUCUCUCGGAGCGUUUCCUGUCCGCCGUCAACCACCUGCUGAUGGACUACAGCUCCCAGGCUGCCGUGCGCUUCCUGUAUCUGCCACGCCCACCCACGCUAUCCAACCAAUCGCAGCAGUACCUGGCUCAGCUGGACGCGAUGACUCAGGGCUUAGGCCCCACCCUCUUGAUUCACGGGCUCACCCCGGUCACAUGCACCGACCUCUGACUCUGUCGGUUCUCUGACAUCGUUCUCGUUGUGUAACUAGACUUACCGUUAGGUCAGGAAGUGUACAAUAUACCCGUGAUAUUUAUUAGGAACAAUGUGCACGGCAUCAUAUAAAGGGAUGUUUGUAUAUAGCUACUGUUCUGUAAGCACAGAACAGACACUAACGGCACAUCAUAACCAGGCACGUUUGAAGGCUCUGCUUGUGGGUUGGCUGGGUUAGAGGUCAAACAAAGGGAGAGAGAGGCUGUGUGUCAUGUGGGCACACACACACACACAUCCCCCCCCCCCCCCCCCGGCACCUGUAGGAGGUCCAGAGAGGCUUAGGGGCUGUUCUGUUACAGACUACAUUCAUGUUAAGGCUACUACCUAUUCUCUUCAGCAGUGUAGAACGUAUGUUAUGUUAUGAUGGUGUUGUGGUUGAGGUAAAGAGAUAACUCGCUAUCUCUUAUUUUGUUCUCUAAUAUGC